UAUCUUUAUACUUCCUCAUUUCUGACAUGACAAAAAGUAGUUCAGUUGGGUUAUUAGAAUUCUGCUAAAAAAGACCUGACAUGAACUCGUUGGGGAACAAGAUUCUGUCUAUGAACAUGGUGAAAGUUGGCAUGAUACUGAUUGUCCUCUUUGUUCCAGAUGCUUUGGCUGACUGCCCUGAUGAAGCAGACCUCUUCAUAACUGCACCAAAGAAGCUGGAAGCACUGAGUGGAUCUUGUUUGAAAAUCCCAUGUAGCUUCAGACUCAAAGAUGAACAGAAGUUUAAGAGCACAAGAAAAAUCUUUGGAGUGUGGAUAAAAAAGGAUUCCAGAAUUGUCAUUUAUCCAAACAAUGUGAUCUACAACAGUAGUGGAGCAGUUAACAUCUAUCCAAUGAGUAUUACUGGGAACCUGAGUCAGAGAGACUGCACCACUCUGUUUACUAAUUUAACCACCACAUACACAGACACAUACUUCUUCAGAGUAGAGAGUGAACCAUUCAAGGCGACAGCUCAUUGUGAUCCUCUUCAAAUAACAGUCAGAGAUUCUCCUUGGAGGCCCAAUAUUACAAUCCCAGGUGAUCUGAAGGAGAAGGAGUCUGUCACUAUAACCUGCUCAGCUCUCACUCCCUGUCCACACUCCUCUCCUCAACUCACCUGGAAUCUCCAACAAGACUCUCACAACAAAAUAGAAGAAAACACAGAUGGAAGCUUUACAACUAAAAUCCAGCAGAACAUCACUCUGUCAGACACAUAUGAUGGAAAGAAGAUCAGCUGCUCUGCCAGAUAUCCUGUGAACCAAGGAAACGACACCAACACAGCAGAGACAGAAGAGACUCUCAGUGUUUCAUUGCUCCCCAAAGAAACCACAGCAUUUAUCAACCCAUCAGGUUCAGUGCCAGCAGGCAGUCAGGUGAACCUAGCUUGUUAUAGUAAAGCCAAACCUCCAGUCCGCAGCUUCACCUGGUUCAAGAAGAGCAGAGAUGGAGCUGUAAAAGUAUCUGAAGGAGAGAUUUACAGCUUCGAUGUAACAGAUGGAGGAGUUUAUUACUGUGUGGCCACUAAUGAGCUGGGUAAUCAGACAUCAGCAGAGAUUUGUGUGAAUACUGAAGGUGGUAUUGGUCUCUUUGCUCUACUGCAGACUGCAGGAAUCACAGUGCUUGUGAUCACACUGGCCAUCUUUGAGUGCUGCUUCAGAUCAAGACGCUCCAACAAAUCAGAGAUAGGAAUUUGCCAAAUGAACACUUACUUAACAACUGAACAACUAAAGUCUAUGCAAGUCGCAAGAGGAGGGGAAACUCCAGUUUAAAAUACAAUAUGAAACUAUUUUUUAACGCUUAAGAGUUGGUUAACAAGAAUUUAGGAUGUUUGUAGAUUUCUUUAUAGUGUGGUGUUCAAAUAUUUUUAGUCAAAUUAUUAAAUAAAAUAAUGGCCAUACUGGCUCAAAAUGUAUACCACCAGAGCUUAACUGGUUGCUUGUCUCACUCAGAUUAUUCAUAUUAGGACAGCAUGCUUUUAGACCAGUUCAUACUAGAACUGCCUCAGCACAUAUAAGGGAUCACUGGUUAAUAAAUAUAGAUGAUAGGAAACUAGACAGGGUUGUGCUUUUAGAUGCUACUGUGUUCAAGGUCAUUGACAACAGUGUUUUAAUAACAAAAUGAAAUGUCU